AUGGCGGAAGCAAAUUCUUCAUCGGCUUUGUCACCGAAAUCUCUCCAGUCUCCUAAUCCUAUGGAACCUUCCCCUGCAUCUUCCGCACCUCCACCGUCAUCGCAACAAAACAUGACAGCUCCGAUUUCGAAUUCUGUGAAUUCCGCGGCGUCUCCGGCGAUGCCAGUAACGACUCCCGAAGGUGUAAUUCAGAACAGUAAUAGCAAUUCGCAGCCGAACAUCGCGUCUCCGAAUCCUACUCCCAGCCCAGCCGUUGGAGCUCAGAUCCCAUCCCCGUCUCCUCUCUCUCACCCGUCUUCUUCAUUGGAUCAGCAAACACAGAGCCAGCAACUCGUUCAAACUCAGCAGCUGCAGCAGCAGCAAAAUCAGCAAUUGCCUCAACAACAACAACAGAUUAUGCAACAAAUCUCUUCAUCUCCGAUUCCGCAAUUAUCUCAGCAACAGCAGCAGAUUCUUCAGCAACAGCAUAUGAGUCCGCAGCAGAUUCCAAUGUCGAAUUACCAAAUAGCUCAAUCUCUUCAGCGAUCUCCUUCUGUUUCUCGGCUGAACCAAAUCCAGCAGCAGCAUCAAGGCCAAUACGGCAACGUUUUGAGGCAGCAAGCUGGCUUGUACGGGACGAUGAACUUCGGUGGCUCGGGCUCGAUUCAGCAGAGCCAGCAAAAUUUGCAGCAGAACCAGCAGAUGAGUAACCCUAACAUGUCGCGCGCAGCAGCUCUGGUUGGCCAAAGCGGUCACUUGCCAAUGCUCAACGGUGCAUCUGGAGCAGCCCAGCUGAAUAUUCAACCCCAAUUAUUGGCAGCUUCGCCGAGGCAGAAAUCUGGCCUGGUUCAAGGUUCGCAGUUUCAUCCAGGAAGUUCUGGACAACAGUUGCAGGGGAUGCAAGCUAUGGGAAUGAUAGGAGGAUCACUGAAUUUGAGCUCCCAAAUGAGAGGCAAUCCUGCUCUCUAUGCUCAGCAGCGAAUCAACCCGGCGCAGAUGAGACAGCAAUUGUCACAGCAAAACGCUCUUACUUCUCCUCAGGUCCAGAACCUCCAGAGAACAACGUCUCUCGCAUUCAUGAAUCCUCAGCUAUCUGGACUGGCCCAAAAUGGACAAGCUGGUAUGAUGCAAAACUCCUUGACGCAGCAGCAAUGGCUGAAGCAAAUGUCGGGCCCCAAUUCACCAUCAUUCCGACUCCAACAGAGUCAAAGGCAGGCUCUACUCUUACAACAGCAACAGCAGCAGCAAUUGCCAUCUGCUCAGCUGCACCAAAAUAUGUCCUUGAAUCAGCAACAACUAUCACAGAUACUACACCAACAGCAGCAACAAUCACAACUAGGCCAGGCUCAGAUGAACCAGUCCCAUCAACAGCAACAACUUCAGCAGAUGCAGCAACAGCAGCAGCCACAACAGCAGAUGCAGCAGCAGCAGCAGCAAAUGCCAAUAAAUCAACAACAGCCAUCUCCAAGGAUGUCGAGUCAUGCAGGACAGAAAUCUGUUAGCUUAACGGGUUCACAGCCAGAUGCUACACAAUCUGGUACAACAACGCCAGGUGGUAGUUCAAGCCAGGGAACAGAAGCAACAAACCAACUCCUUGGUAAAAGAAAGAUACAGGAUCUGGUUUCGCAGGUGGAUGUACAUGGUAAAUUGGAUCCUGAUGUUGAAGACCUCCUUUUGGAGGUAGCGGAUGACUUCCUUGAUUCGGUGACUUCUUUUGCAUGUAGCUUGUCUAAACAUCGUAAAUCAUCCAUAUUGGAGCCUAAGGAUAUAUUACUCCACCUAGAGAAAAACUUGCACUUGACAAUUCCUGGAUUCUCUAGUGAGGAUAAACACCAAACAAAAACCGUAGCAACUGAUCUUCACAAGAAGCGACUUGCAAUGGUGCGUGCUUUACUAGAAUCCUCAAAACCGGAGACGAAUGCAAGCAAUUCCAAGGAAACUGUUAGACAAGCGAUGGUGAACCCAAAUGGUCCGAGUCAUCUCUUAAGACCAUCACCAAGUUCAGAGCAAUUGGUUUCUCAGGCAUCCGGUCCUCACAUGUUACAACAUAUGACACGCUACUAA